GGCGGGGCGGGGCUACAGAGACUUGUCUUGAAAAGUCUGGCUUGUCGUGGCGUCUCGGAGGAAGCGGUGAAGUCCAGCGAGUUUUUGGUCGUUUGUUUGUUUUGUUGGUGUUUUUUUCACCGUUUUCAGAAUGAACAGUGUGUUCGGAGCGGCCGCUCGGUCUGUGCGGGCGCUGUCAGCGCUCCCCAGGUUAACUCAGCCCGGCGGCGGCGCUGCGUGCUCGCGGCUCCUGUGCUCGGCUGAGGGUCAGAAGAGCCUGGAGGAGAUGGUGAAGAAGGAUAAGGUGGUGGUGUUCAUGAAGGGAACCCCGGCGCAGCCCAUGUGCGGGUUCAGUAACGCCGUGGUGCAGAUCCUCAGGAUGCAUGGCGUGGACAACUACGCCGCCUACAACGUGCUGGAUGACCAGGACCUUAGGCAAGGAGUGAAGACGUUCUCCAACUGGCCGACGAUUCCUCAGGUGUUUUUUAAUGGGGAGUUUGUGGGAGGCUGCGAUAUUCUCCUGCAGAUGCAUCAGAGCGGAGAUCUGGUGGAGGAACUGGAGAAACUGGGCAUCAGGUCCGCUCUUCUGGAUGCAGAGAAGGAACAGUAGGAGCAGAGCCAGUCAGUGGGAGCCACGUGGAUUUGGAGAUGCGCACAUUUCAACUGAGGCUGACCAGACCAAAUUGCUUUCAGCCGACUGAAGGAAGUGAUGUCAAGAGUACCAAAAACAUCAGAAGUUCCAGUCUUCAGAACCACAAUGCAUCAACACGCACUUACUUUAUCUCAGCUGUCUACUCCUGUGAUCAUUUUAGAAACACUCAUGUAAUGCACUGCAUAUUUAAGAUGUACAAUGGAAAUAUAUUAUGAACUGAAAUAUGAGCUGUAGAUUUGAAAUAAUACAUACUUUUUGUCAAUAAAAUAUUUUAAAGGCA